AUGUCCGCAGCUACCGCUGCUGGCGCGCCGGGGCGGCCGGCGCCGCUGACAAAACGCAAGCGCGCAUCGGACGCCGAGUCUAUGCUGCCGCCCUCUCCCUCGAUGGAGUUCGACCCCCCGGCCGACCAGCAGGCGCUGUUCUCUUCGACGAAGCGCGUAAAGACCGAGUGUGGUGAGGCUGCUUGGCCGCAAGCUACGUAUGGUGCCCAGGACAGCGCAACCACCCAAGACCGUCUGACCUCACCACCCUCCCCUCCGUUGUCUGUGUCACUGGCCACACGGGAUGUUGCCAACAUCGAGGCAGUGAAGGAUGUCGUGCAGUUCCAGUUUUCGCAGGAGAUUUUGAUCAAGCACAAUGAGCUGCGCCUCAUCGAGCAAGAGAUGGCCAAGUGCCAGAUUGCGCUCGAGCAGUUGCGCAGAUGCCACCUUAUCCCCUACCCGACGGAUUGCCCGACACCCGCGCAAAUGCUGGACAUUGCCAGCGGUCGUGGUACCGCUGUGCGUCCCAGGCCGGGCGCUACUGUUCCGAAGUGGUCAUCGCCGUUCGGUGUUGUCGACGGUCCGUAUGCGCGUCAUUACGCCAAGUGGCUCAUUCCCGACCCUGUCUUUGAUGGGCCGCUCCCCAACUGGCCUGGCCUUGCACCGCAUGCUCGGUCCUCCAAGGGCGGUGCAACCGCCGAUGCGCGGUCGACGAGGAACAGCGUCUCCGACUCCAGCAAGGCGCGCGCCUCACGUGGUGUUUCUGGUCAGAGACUACACUCGCUGUCCAGUGGCUACCCCCAGCCCAAGGACAAGGCUGGCCCUUGCAUUCUGAAGCGCUCUGAUGGCAAAGUCGUGAAGCUGGUCUGCACCGACUGUCACCGUGACAACUUUUCUAGCACACAGGGCUUCAUCAACCACUGCCGUAUCGCUCACAAGCGCGACUACAAGAGCCAUGACGAGGCUGCCAUUCACUGUGGUCAUCCCAUCGAAGUCGAUACCGGUGCACCUCUUGCCGCAGCAUCGGCCAAAAAGAACGAUGCUACUGCGGCCGCCGCUGCUCCCAAGAGUGGUGCUCCUGCGAGCAUCGCUAUGCCGGCUGCCUCAGCCAUCGCGUCCGCGUCUUCUACGUCUUGCUCUGCGUCCGCUCUCGCGACUCCCGUCAACCCCGGUGUGUCGGGCACACCUGGCAGCACUGCUCUCCCCGGCCAUGUUUAUUCACUGGCGCGCGCUGAUAGCAACGCCACUGACUCCGUGCUGGACCGCAUUCACUCGUCCUACGCGUCGUGCUCUACUGCCACGGCCGCCUCGGCCGCCUCGGGCGCCCGCAACCAGGUGAAAAACAAGAAGGCAAAGGCUGCUACAGCUGCGUUUGUUGGUUCGGAUAAGACGCCGUUCCUUUCUCGUUUCUUGGAAAAGAAGGAGUUCGGAGGAAACCUGGAUGCGUCGGUGGAAGAUGCGAAAGAGGUCACCGACAUUGACGACAUGGCUUGGUACGCCGAUGAAGACGACGAGUUCGACCUGAACACUCCGAAUGCCGAAACGCCAAACACGUCGACAGUGAAGCGUGCCCCCGUGCGGCCGACGCAAUCGGCUGCCUCCUCUAAGAGUGCCGAGGCUUCGCGGCCCAGCAGCAGCAAGGGCGCAUCCACCCCAGCCCACAUUCCGUACGGGGGGCAGAUCGUCGACUAUGUCGCGGUCGGUGUGGUCGGCGAUGCGAUGGAUGUCGACCUCAGCCCUAUCCAUUCGGCUAGCAACAUCGCGCCUUCGCUUGUCAGCGAUGAUGGCGAGUACGAUGACUCGGACGAUGGUUCUGCUUCGGAGACCUCUGACACCGAUAUGGAUUCCGUCUCCGAAGUACCUGAGAUCAACACCGACGAGGACGAAGACCACGUGCACAACACGCCUCGGCCUCUACGCCGCCACAGCGGCAGCGUCAAGCUGAAGAAGGAUGACCCCAAACAUGUCACCUUUGUGAGCCCCGUGAAAGGGUCUAGCAAGGGCAGACGUAACUAG